ACCUCGAAAGUCUUUUUGUCGAUUUCACAACAACGACCAAUUUAAGUAGGACACGGUAAACGGUAGACGUCAGUUUUUAGUGCGCACACAACCACAAGCACCACGUCAAACGACAUCUCGGCUAACGUACGCUGAGUGUGUGCGCAGGUGCACGGCUGUGGUAGUCAGUGUGGGACAACUUUAUGAGAACUCUCUUCAUUACGUUAUCAAAAAACUGGAUGCUGCGCUGUGUCGUUGCGACUUCAAAUUGGAACAUUCAAUGUAGCAUUGGACUCGCUAGAGGGGAGAAAAAGUACAUCAGUCACAAGAGUUCACCACCGCAGUGAUCGAUCUUGAAUGAAUAGCAAUUCAACAGUGACUGAAUUCCACUGGCUCCUUUUAUACAAUCGGUUCGUUCUGCUCAACGAACUGAUACCAAGUUCAACAGCCAUUAGCUUAUCAGCGAACCGGUGAACUUGAACGCUGCUGAAAUGAAAAACCAGUGAGUAUAGCAACACCAUAACAACCAGUCGUUUAUACAGUACAUCUGCAGAUCAUAGUUUAACUAGAUCCUAGUGUAGUAGUUACCGACGUACUCCAGGCAAGUGUAGCACUAAAAAUUGAACUUCAACCUGUGGGGUAUAAGCGAGGGUAUAGCACUGUCGAGCACAGCCCGUCUGACCCGUGUCGCUCUGUCAGUUAUGUUGACAUAACGGUUACGGGGAGUUAGUUGUGAACACCACAGGGAGCCUAACAACAAAGUGUGACCCGAGGGGAGUGAGGGGAAAACGCCGGGUCAAGUCUCGCUGCGUCCUGACGAUCUCGCGCCGUGGAAUUACCCUGUGGUCUGACGGAUCAAAGAUUGAAGGGUUCCAGUACCUGGGAUAACUCAAACUGGAGGUGUCUACAGACCUACACCUGAGUGCGAGUGACGGACAUGGCAAAGUGACGGACCAAGUUUCUAUAUAUAAAGCCUGAGGGACAUGAGGGUUGGACGCUCCUACACCAUGAGGACUAACGUGACUACUGGUUGUAGUAAAUAAACAGGAGGCCACACUACGGCAUCAACAUGCCGCUAGGACCUCGGCAGUGGAGGACGGCGUGGUUUAUGGCCGUUAUUUUAUCAGUCAUCAGACAUGGAAACUGUGCUCGUCGGUACAAGCUCUGGGUGACAGUUGACCACGUGGCCCUGAGCGGUGACGUAAUGGUCGAGUUCCAGCAACCAAGAGAAGGACUCUUAUCUAAUGGAGUUCUACAGCUGUAUGACUUAUCCAACACAGAACCAAGGACCGAGACCAGUCUACCGGGGCAGCCAAAUGGAAAUGUAAGCUUUGUAUGUAGCUACUUCGACCAUGCUGGGGAGUUCGUGGUUAGAAUGUUGCAGGCGAGUGGAGGGGACAUCGUGACGACCAGCCCGGUCAUCCAGGUCACCUGGCCCCAGACCACGCUUCUGGCCCCGUCGACCCUGGAAGCCCAAGUCAGCGCUAUAGCGGUCACAGUGACGACCACAGGAAACCUGUGCCUGGAUAUGCAGCACAAUCGCUAUGAGAACUCAGUAGUGCUACUUUAUCUCGACGGAAACCGGACGUUAGGGAGUUCCGAGUCGGCAAACUUUGGCCAUGGCACCGUUGUUGUUGAACGAGAGACUGGGUACCAUACCACUCUCUUGUCGGAGCAGUUUGAGUGCGACUUUGUAGACAGGGCAGGGGUGUACUCCUUCAUAUUCUGCUCGAGUUACCGUAGGAGUAUUCUGGGUACCAUUCAACCGAUCGACGUGAGUUGGAGUGAUAGUUACGACGUGACGUUCCCCAGAGCGACAAUAUUUCCCUGCCCGAGUACUUCACACGUUGAAGUAAGUUUUGACGCGCCUACUUGCCACGGGGAUAGAGACAAGAUAAGGAUGUACGCCGAGAGAGGGCGAUUUGAGCUGAAGCCAACCACUGCCUUGGAAUAUAUUACCGAAGUGACGGUGUAUGGGACCUCGGUGUCGUUCGACUGCAACCACUUCUCGCGGGAUUUUGCGGGAUUCUGCUUUGUGUACGUCAGCACCGCGAGAAGUGGGGCGGUUGACGCGCAUACAGAUAGGAUACUUUGCAUUCCCGUUGACGAACUAGGUCCCCCUGUGGAUGGAUCGUGGAGUGAUUGGUCAGAUUGGGGCACGUGUACUGUGAGCUGCGGACAGGGCCAACGGAACCGUUACCGACUGUGCAAUAAUCCACCUGCUGCCAAUGGUGGCGCCCUUUGUGUUGGUCAGACAGUCGGCUCGCUGCCGUGCAACAAUGGCAUGUGUCCAGUGCCAAGAGACCCAAUAGUGAUGGUGACAGAACCUUACGUUCCUCCUAACUGCACCUGUGGAUGUACCCUCCGGAACAGACCCAGUGGGUUCAUAGCCUCCUCCCCCGAUGUCUGCCACCCAACCACCCAGACCCUAGUGGGUACCUGGCUUGUCUGGAUGCCAGACUACAAGAGGGUUCGCCUGGAGUUCGAGCUCUUCAACCUACAUCUCCAACAAGAGUGGAUGAGAAUCAGGGACGGCGGGGACGCGACGGCCAAGGUACUGGCCUACCAUACGGGGAGUAGACUACCGGGACCUGUCCUGUCGACCGGGAACAAGUUGUACAUCGAGUACAAGGUGUACAGCCGGAGCGGUGAAGAGCCGACACGGGGGUUCAGGGCCCGCUACAGCAGCAUUGAUGGCAUUAUUCCUCCCCCGACUACGCCGGUGGUGGCAGGCUCCAUCGGCGAUGAGGCAGGGACCGGUUUCAGUCUGGGCACCAUCAACAACACCGUCAUGCUGGUCGGCAUCUUCCUGUGUGCUGGCAUCAUCCUCAUCUCUAUCGUCUUUACCAUCUUGACUGGAUGCAAGAAGAGCAAGACACCAAACCAGAUCGAGAUGCGCCCCACGUCAGGGCCCGGUUCCUCCAUCGUCUCAGCUAGCGGGACUCGCCCUUGGGGUCCGCCGGGACAUAGCUGCUCCUCCCAGUCAGAAAUGUCGCAUCAGUCAGCCAAGAGAGGGCGCCCUGAUGGUCAUCUGGGAGACCGUAGCCAGCUGUACAUGGUUCAGAACGACGGGCUCGCAUAUUUACCAGAGUCUAAUGUGAGUUUGUCAUCGCCGUAUCACACCCACAGCAGUGAUACCAUAGGAAUGAGGAGACCCCCUAAGAUACCAGAGGAUAAGUUACCCAGUCCGUAUCACCCACACCGGACGGACUUCAUGCAGAUGGAGAGACUACGCAAAGUCGGUCUGCCUUACCACAUAGGUACGGGUAGCUCCCAAAGCGAGCUGAGUCGCCACAGUGCGCGAACUGAUAAGAACACCACCACCCUGGCCUCCAAGACGCCCCAGCAGUUUGUCAUGCGCGGGUACAGUGCGGCUGGAAGCCACUCCAGCUUUGAGAGUGGCAUGAAUGGUAACCAUCGUAAGCAUGGUUCCCUGCCGCGGAGUGAGCGCAGUGACCACCGUCAUAGCGACCAUCGUCACAGCGACCAUCGUCAUAGCGACCAUCGUCAUAGCGAUCAUCGACAAAGUGACCAUCGCCACAGCGACCAUCGCAGUGAUCAUCACCACAGUGAUCAUCGAAGCAGUGACCAAGGACAUGAUAGUAGUCUACCCUGCGUGAACAGGGAGGGUCAGUUGACUCCCCUGGGUAUGGCACUCUCCAGAAAUGUCCCCCCAAAUCAGAACGAGUUUAGAACUCCUGAAGGGUUGCCUCAUAUACCCGAAGGAAUGACACCUCAGAACCACGUGAGCCAUUGGCCUCAGACUCCAAAUGAGUGUAAAACAGUAGCAGAGGUGAAUAGAGGCACCCCUGGGAAGUGGAAGAAACAACCGGAGAAUGCUAUUCACCCAGUGGAGGUCCCGCAGCCUCUUGUCAAUGGAGAUUCACCGACUGGUCGACGACCACGGAAGUUACCUUUGACCCCGAAACAAGCCUUUUUCGAAGACACGGAGAGUCUUGGGGUUGUUACUCCAAUGACUGACGUUUCAUCCAAGGACAAUAUGCAACUAAGAAGCCCCAGGUCAACUCUAAGUCCCAGAAAGAACGAAGUUAUAAAUAUCAGCAACAGAGUGGGGUCGCCUCCGGCAGCGUUAUACCAGAAUGAAUAUACACCGGGACAUACGAAGCGGAGCAUUCCAACAAACGGUGGCCGUUCAAAACGGAAAAAGCAACCACCGAAUUCCGGCAACUCCCGCAAGACUCGGAAGUCUGACGAAGACGGCAAAUCGGCCGCUAAACUUGCCCUCUAUAGCACGGCAGAGUCCGACGAUGCCAGUGCUACUAAUUUACUAAGCGAGCCCAACUCGCCCGUACGUAUACCAAUACUGGACAAGAAGCAGAACACAGACAGGCUCAAGUCUGUUUUCAUAAGUGACGAAAGUUUAGCCAAGACUUUCUCGGGAGGAGAGAGUUCUCGUUCUGGUAUGACUCCUCGGUCUACUCGGCGGCUCCCAAACACCCCUCCCUCGGGCUUCUCCCCUACCUCGAACAAACUCAAGAGUGUUCUUGUGUAUAGUGAUUUCUCGAUCGACCAGGACGAACCGGAGUACGACGACUUUAUCCCCAACCUCCCGGGAACCUUCUUCGAGAAUCAGACUCCAUUGCCGACAGGGCUAAGCCCGGCUCGAAGGAAGAAUCUCCCGCUCAAGAAAUACCCACACACAGCCUCGGAAGUCUGAUGUUUGCUAAAUAUUGUAGUUUUUAUCUGUGCAUAUAUAGAGUUUAGAAAAAGCUGUACAGUCAUACAAAAUUAUAUCUAAAAACAUUUAGAAAAGAAACAAUGCUGUACGCUGCGUACGUAGUUAUAGUAGCUGGCGAUAUUUCUAUGGUGCUUUAGUGUAGAUUGGUUAAUAACGGUACUUUGUACCAAUCAACUGCAUCAAAGUCAUGUGAACUAAAAAUGUGAGGCAAAAUGUCAACAAGUCUGGUGCUUUCUAAGUUAGUACUUCAAAAGUUGAUUAUGAGCACUGGUUACCUGACAAACAUGGAUGCGAUACUUUGUGCACAAAACACGAAGUGAACAGUUUGUUGGUCUAAAAAGGUUUUCACCAAAUCUUCUACUCAUUGAAUAUAUUAAAGUUAAACCUGCGACAGUAGGUUGGUGCAUUUGACUGUUUAUGCAGUUUUAGUACCAUACAGUCAGGGAGUCAAACAAAUAUGACGUCACAGAAAUCACAAGAAUCACAGAAAUCUAGUCACCACGUCAGAAUCAAACUACACUCUGAAAUCUUCCGGGUCAUAAUUGAACCGGAUAAAAUUAUGUUUCCCGUGGGGUCUGACCAAAGUUCUGGAUCAUUAUUUCCAUUUUAUACCCAUCACUUUCCGGGUCAGGCUGGCCCCAAAACGGGUCAGCCACACGGGUCAAUCUGGGUCAAGUGUAAGUUUUUAGAGUAAAACAUAUGAAACGCAAAUUGCGGUACUCUUUCGAUAAUAAGGUUUCAACUAAAACUUCUAGCAAACUACGUUUUUAAGUCACUCAAUGGCACAAAGGUUUUCACAGGAGUUCUGAAAUAACUGUCUACAAAGAUAGUGAAAUAUAACUACAAGAUUUUGGGGGAACUUAAGUAUAGUUCAAGUAUAAGAAAAGUGGUGUAAAUAUUAACAUGAACUAUCUGAAGUUUUGUUAAAAGUUAGAUUAGAUUAUUUAUGCUGUGCGUACCAGCUUCAAAUAAACAAGUCGCAGUCUGUGAGUGAGGAAUAUUGUCGGUAACUGUAUUGGAUAACUGUAUGUGUUGUGGGAAGCAUUGGUGUGAUUUCUUCAUAGUCAAGACCAACGGUCUCUAAAUCCCGGGUUUUAAAAGUGACAAUGCAAAAAUGGCCAGGUCCUAACUUUAUAAAGCUGUUAAAGGCGCUGUACACGUUUGGUAAUUGUCAAAGACCAGUGUUCUCACUU